AUGCUGAUUAUCUUUCUACUUUUUGUGGUCACAGAACUCGUGUGGGCACAACUUGUCUGUCCUGGAAAUACUACUCCAUUCGAUUAUCAAGAAUGUGACCCUGAAAUUCGAUCGGAAUGUCCAGCUGGUUUCACUUGCAGAAAAACUACUGUAAAUUUUACUGGCACAAAUUUGAAUCUUUGCUGUGAAAGUGGAAGAAUGACAGUGGGUGAUUGGUUCGCAGAGAAACAGUUGACCCCUGAUAUUGUACCACAAAUACCGUACACUUUGAUCCAAACUAUAAACUUGGCUCCAGCCAGCUCUCUUCUAAACUUUCCUCCUAUUCACGUUGGCGAUGAAGUGGUCGUUCUCAGUUUCCCAAGUUAUAUCACAGGAUUAGUUCAGUCGUUUACAUUGCCUGCUCAAGUGAAUCCUGGCUACAUUCAUCUCGUCACUAUUAUUGACCCUCUCUACAAACCAUUCGCCGUGUUGAUGAACUACAAUAUAAUAGUCGGACAGCCAACUCAAACAGUCAAUGUGACGUCAUCACGUUUUGUUGCGUAUUUGGAUAAUAGUGCAUCCAUGCCGCAAUUGGACUCAUCCUCACAAAUCUUCUUAGAUGGCGCUACACCAAAAGACAUGCUCCUCGGAUCCACUUGCUCGGAUGCCAAAUGCCUCUUGACUAGCUCUGCAUUGUCCACGAAACUUAGUCAACCAUUGGCUGGAAUGGUUUUCUAUAUCACCACAAAAAACACUGUGUUCACAACUUCGCAAGACUUCACUUCAUCCGCCUUUCCCCUAUUCCCCUACUCUCUUAUAAUAACUCUUCUCGUUCAUUAUCUUCUCUUGUAA